GGCUGUGUUUACGAACAGGAACAGCAAGGAGGGAGGGGGGGGGGGAGUCAGCGAGAGAGUUCAAAGGUUAGGUGAGAAAGAAUAGGGCACACGCGCUCCGACUCAGAGCACUCCCAGAGCGUCUCACUCCAGGAGAGAUGGAUCACUUAGGGUUCAAACCCCUGUCCAGGGUGGCCGUCUGCGGUGGCACCCAUGGCAAUGAGAUGAGUGGGGUGUACCUCUUGAAGGAGCUGCAGGUGUCCCAGCCGGAGAGGGUCAGGUCGUUCUCGCUGAGCACCCUGCUGGUGAACCCGCGGGCCGUGGACGCGUGCAGGAGAUACACAGAGAAGGACAUGAACCGCUGCUUCACCGACGCCCUGCUCAGUGCCCCGACAACGGCGACCACCCCGUACGAGGUGACGCGGGCCCAGGAGGUGAACGGCCAGCUUGGGCCGAAGGGCAGCGAGAAGGCCGUAGAUCUGAUCUGUGAUCUGCACAACACCACCGCCAACAUGGGCCUCUGCAUCAUAACUCACGUCUCCGAUUGGCUCGGCCUGCACCUCUUCAAGUACUUGCAGGAGAAAAUAACAUCAGCCCCCGUGAGGUUAAUUCUAUUAAAGAGCCCCUUCUCAGAGGUGUACUCCUUGGAAUCCGUGAGCAAACAUGGCUUCACGUUAGAGGUGGGACCCCAGCCUCAAGGGGUCCUACGGGCCGACAUCUACAACCUGAUGAGAGAGGGGGUGAACCGUGCCCUGGAGUGGGUUGAGAGUUUCAACUCGGGGACUGUGUUUGAAGGGGGCGAGGUUGAAGCAUACUUUGACGUGGAUAAGAAAGACUAUCCCAGAGAUCCCAAGACCCAAGAGCUGACUGCUGCCAUCCAUCCCCAACUACAGGACAACGACUUCUGCCUGCUGAAGCCCGGAGACCCGGCGUUCAUGUCCCUCUCUGGCGAGACCAUCUGCUACGAGGGAGAAGCGCUGUACCCUUUCUUCGUGAACGAAGGAGCCUACUAUGAGCAGAACACAGCCUUCAAGCUGGCGCAGAGGGAGACCCUGCUCUUACCGGCCGUCAGUGUGAAGAAGCCACAAUAACAGAGAACUUUAAAACCACAACUGAUUGUUGAGGAGACUAUUCAUCUAUAUAAUCAUAUAUAUUUAUACAUAUAUAAUAGAUUUGAAUAAUCAUAGAUUUUUAUAACAAUCUGUCUUAAUUAUAAUGAGAAUUAAAAUAAGGUUUAUUUAGGAGAGAAACUCGUAGAAGCGAGGGCCAAUGUGUUCAGUAAUCUCUGAACUACCAGAACCACAAGGAGUGGCUCCUCUUCCACGGAGCCCAACAUGUUGCACCGCCUUGUUUCUACAGAAGCCCACAGCGGAUCAAGAGAACCGUCUGUUCUUUUCUACUGUUUAUCUAAAUACAGCAUAUACAGGUAUCUACGGACCUCUACUGUUUAGUAUCUCCACUAUAUAUCUGUAUAGAUAUACAGAUAUAUAGAUGGAUAGAUUAGCAACCUUAAUGCUAGAUGCCACUCAAUCCUAGACACUGCACCUUUUAAAGAGAUGUUUUAAGAAACAAUAUUGCUCAUUGUCAAAAGUUUUCACACAAUGAAUUGUAUUCUUUAACUUCUUUAUUUUUAAAAUUUCUUAUAAAGAACUAUUUCUGAAGAGAAACAA